GCAGCCAGUCUUUCAGAAGCCUUUGAAAUAGGAAGUGACCAGGGGCUUUUCUAAGGCACCAGGGCUUAGCCCAGAGACAUCCAUGCAUGUGUCAGAAUACACAGGAUACACUUCAAAUAAAAUAUGUUUAAAAGUUACAUUAGCAAAAAGAUAAAUAUAUGUAAACCCGCAGGGCUCUGUUAGCCUACACAUAUUUGUAAGGAGCUCCUGAAUGCAUGUACACUGCAUUUACACUUAGUCUUGAUGUGCACAAGUCAUGGUAAUAAAAACAUUUGGGGCUUCAGCCCCCUCAGCCCACCCCUAGCACCACCCUGGAAGUGACCAAACUAUCUCAAAAGAAUCACGCUCAGCCAGAUAUAGGGGGAAGGAAGCUCUAGGAUAUUUAACACUUCAAUCUUCUUCUGUUGACCUCAGGCACCAUUUAAGGACACAACAUUAAGCUCUGAACUUCGAUGCAGAGAUGGCUUUCUGGAGCUGUUUGCUGUCACUGUUUCUCUGGCUCAGAGUGUCACUUACUGCUGGGGAAUGGAGUGCUGAAAUGCCGAAAUCAGUGGUGGGUUUGUCUGGAUCAUGUGUGGUGAUUCCCUGUACUUUCAGCUACCCUGCAAAUGGAAAAACAUACACAGAAUUUACAGGGGUUUGGUACAAAGGAUAUUAUGAAUUAACAGUAUACCAUACAGACACCUCAAAAAUCAGUGAUGCAUUCCAAGGUCGCACUAGACUCACUGGUGAUUUGCGCCAAAAUGACUGUUCUUUGAAAAUCAGCUCUCUGAGCAGCAGUGACACUGGACCAUUUAUGUUCCGGAUUGAGAUUAAAGAUCUGGACAAGUUCACCUAUGACCAGAAUAAAACUUCAGUAACAGUUAACGAAACACCAGAGAUUCCUGUCGUCUCUGUGGAAGAGGAAGUGACAUCAGUGAAACCGGUGACUGCUACCUGUGCCGUGUUUCAUUCCUGUCCCUCAGACCUGCCUCGUGUCAGCUGGAACCACAACGGCACACACUCGAGCCUAUCACAGCCGCAAAAUCCCGGUCACUUGAGGCUUACAUUGUACACCCUGACCUUCACCCCUUCUAGAGAAGACCAUAAUAAACAUCUCAGCUGCUCUGCAGAGUAUAAAGUGAAGACUGUGACAAACUACAAAACACUCAAAGUUAAAUAUCCUCCAUAUGAUGUAAAAGUGGUUUCUAAACCCUCAGUGAAGGAGAAUGACUCUGUUGAACUGACCUGCUCCAGUGACAGCAACCCUCCUGCAAACAGCUACCAGUGGUUCAGCUCAAAUGGGAUUUUGUUAGGAAACAAACAUACUCACAGACUGGAGAGAGUAUCUCGACAUACUGAGGCCAUGUCCUGUACAGCCAUUAACACAGAGGGAAAAAACAGUUCUGGUCCACGGAAAAUUAAUGUGCUGUAUCCUCCAUAUAACGUAAACGUGGUCACUAAUCACUCAGUGAAGGAGAAUGACUCUGUUGAACUGACCUGCUCUAGUAACAGCAACCCUCCUGCAAACAGCUACCAGUGGUUCAGCUCAAAUGGGAUUUUGUUAGGAAACAAACAUACUCACAGACUGGAGAGAGUAUCUCGACAUACUGAGGCCAUUUCCUGUACAGCCAUUAACACAGAGGGAAAAAACUGCUCUGGUUUACAGAAACUUAAUAUACUGUAUCCUCCUGAGAUUAAAAGUGAAUCUUCUUGCCAGACUAAGAUUUUGACCGUCUGUGUCUGUAAUGUGGACUCCAACCCUCCCAGUGAAGUCAAGUGGUUUGAUCCAGAUUCCUCGGAAACCUUCUCCAGCACCAGCAUUAAACAAACUGAGUCUCUUACCAUAUUCACCCUACAGGGUUGGCUGGGUUUCCCUGAGACUGUCCAGUGCUUUGCCAAUAACAUUCUGGGAAAUUCUUCCAUAACUUUAGAAGCUCCUCAAAAUGGCAUAAUAAUACACAUUGCUGUUGCAUCUGCUGCAGUUGUUUUAGUCUGCAUUGUAGUGUAUGUUGUGAGAAAACGCUGGACCACAUCACUGCAGAUUGAUGGUGCUCGUUUUGGUCACCCACUACUAUAACGCCAACAGUCAUGUCCUUGAUGAAUUCCGCUUGAGAACCUGUGUGCUUUGAUAAAAACAAAGGGAAGCAUUAAAAUAUGCCUUACAAUAUUAACAGUCACAGACUCAAAUAAAUGUGCACUUAUAAAGUAAAUAAAUUCACUUACAAGUUGUCCAA